AAAUAUUAUCACACUAGUAGCUUUAGUAUAGAUUAAGAUAAGAUGUUGAGUAUGAAUUGGUUGUUCUUCCAUCAUGUCAGCAUAGUCUAUUAUAACAAGGUAGUGAGAAUUAAGAUGCUGAGUAAUUACUUUCUCCGGCCUUUCGAGGAAAAUGUGGUUUGGUACCAUAUAAUUUAAUCUCAUGUUUAGGAGCUAACAACUUAUUUACGGUGGUUGUCAAGGAUAAUUGGUUCUGAUUAUGGAUAUACAAGUGAGUUAAAAAUAAAAUUUUUAGAUUGCCCCAUGAUAAGAAGAUUAAGUUUUCUAUAGAUUUAGUUCCUAACACUCAACGACAUCCAUACGUCUAGAACAAAUGGUUAGCAAAACUUUAGGUGUUAAGAGAGAAACUACAUGAUUUUCUCAAUAAGAUAUUUAUUAGCCCAACUUCUUUUCCUUGUGAAUCCCUGAUAUUGCUUAUAAGGAAGAAAGAAGUUCAUGAUCCCAUUCUUGCUCAUUUUACCAAAAUAAAGGGGCCUAUAAUUAAAGAAUUACAAGAACUUGUUGAAAGUGGAAUUUAAUUUUAGCUUGAUCAUUCAAGGACAUUGUUAGACCAUGUGUAAAUGGUCCCCCCAAAAUUUUUUCCAUAGUUGAUGAUAUCAUGAAGUCUCUGUCAAGGUUUAGACUUGGUCAAGUUGGUAGAUAAUGCGAGAAACUGUAAGUUACGAACUUCUUAGUUGAUUUUACGGUGUUUUGUGGUUGAAGUCUUGAUUGUAUGUGUCCCAAAUAUUGGUGAUUUAAGAAAAAAAAAAUAUUAAAGGAGUAUCAUCAUUCUUGUUAUACUAUUCACUCAGAUUCGAAUAAAAUCUACUAAUACUUAAGAUAAUUAUACCGCUGGAAAUGGAUGAAAGGGGAGAUAAAAGAUUUUGUGCUUGGUGUGCUAGCAAGUUAAGGUUGAUGACCAAAAGCUUUCAACUUUACUUCAACUUGUUGAAAUAGGUAAGCUAAAGUGGGAGUGCAUUGUCAUGGAUUUCAUUAUAUUUUUACCACUAACUCAAAAAGUUUAUGACUCGGUGUGGGUGAUUAUAAAUUAAUUAACGAAGUCUGCACAUUCUUUAUUUGUUAAGAAUACUAAUAUUCCACCUCAGUAUGCUAAGAAUAAUUUAAACGAGAUCGUUUCUUUACAUGGUAUGUCAAUCUCUACUAUCUCUAGCAACAUGGCUCAGUUGACUGCUCUGUUUUGGAAGUCUAUCUGAAAUGGGAACCCGUUUUAAAUCUUAGUACAAUCAUUACCCUCGGACUGAUGGUCAAUCUGUCAAAACUAUACAAUACAUAGAGAAUAUGUUUCGUGCUUUUGUUGUUAAUAUUGGAGGAAGUUGAUCAAUGUUUUUCUAUGAUAUAAUUUUCAUAUAAAUAGUUACCAAUCUAGUAUUAAAGUGGUGCCUUUUGCAACAUUGUGUAUAGAUGAUGUAUGUUUUCGAUAGGAUGGUUUGAGGUUGGUUAGUCUAAACUAGUGCGUCUAGAGUUGAUUCGAGAUAUUAUUGAAAAGGUUAAGAUCAUCUAAGAGUGUUUAAUGCUAACUCGAAGUAGGAAGAGUCUUACUCCAAUCAGAGGUGUCAUCCUUAAGGCUUAGGGUGGGAGACCAUGUAUUCCUACGUGUUUCACCAAUGUAGGGUGUAUUGUGGUUUGACAAAAAAUGGGAAAAUUGGUUCAAGGUUCAUUGGAAUGAAAUUUUGGCAGAAAUUCAAACUUCUAGCUUAUCGUUUAGCCCUUCGACCAUAUCUCUCGACAGUCCAUGUGAUCUUUAUAUUUCUAUGCUCUAGAAAUACCUUUAUGACCCUUUCAUGUGAUUAGUCAUGAAAAUGUGCAGCUAGACUAGGAUUUUCUUAUGUCGAACCAUUUGACAACUAUAAUAUAUAGAUAAGAAAGUGAUAUAUAUGUUUAUGAUCAAAGGGUAUCGUUUAAGUAAAUAUUCUACGACAGAGAUUGUUUAACGAGAUAAUAGCUUGAGAACCCAGAUAAGUCAUGUGUGACAAGUAUCCACGCUUAUUUGAGAAUCAAGGUUAGUAGUAUAAAUUCGAGGACGAAUUUUUUUAAGGGGGGAAGAUUGAAACGCACCGUUUCAUUUAAAAAAAAUAAAUAAAUAAAUAAUAAUAAAAAUAAAAAAAAAACCACUGAACCCCACCCCACCCAUCAAUUCUCCACAUUUCUAGUUUCUUCUUUCACUUUCUCUACUUCCCCUGUUCCACGUUUUUUCUUUCUUUCUUUCCUUUUCUCUAUCUUUCCAUUUCAUCUCUUCUCAUUCCAAGAACAAAUAUCAACCAUACACUUAAAAGGAAGACACUACAUCUCUAGUAUAAGCUUUCUCAUGCUUCCACAAAUAUUAUUGGGUAUAAUUUUGGGGUUAGGGUUAAUGCUUUAAGGAAGGAGAUGAAUACCCACUCUUGGAAAAUUGUUCAUUGAGAUUCUUUGAGAUAUGACGCUGGAAGCUUCACAUGCUUCUCAGGAGUGGUGGGAGAGCAAACUGAGUUGAUUCGUCAUAACAAUUCAAAGUCAGCUGAGUAGGGGUUUCUAGCAGAUAUUGAGAGUCGUCGGUAUCAUUCUUUUGGAGUUACUAUAGGUGCAGCCACAUGAAAUUAGAUGCUUGUCGAGCCAAGAAGAAAGUACAACAACUUCGUGACAAUCCAAACGUUUUUGAAGUAACAUACAAUGGUGCACAUUCCUGCCGUAUCUCCUUGACAAUACCAUCAUUAUUUUUAGCAGCGCAAAGGAUUUCAAAGGAUAUGACUCCAACCACCAUGCCGGCACCAACUUCAUAUUUAGAGUGGCUUUCACAAGAGAAAGAAGAUGAUGUCAAAGUUAUUUAGUAUAAAAAGAUAUGACAUUUCCCUUGGUUUGGAAAACUAUUUAAAAUUUAUUGUGUUCACAUUAACAUCUAUAUAAACACAAUUUCUCUCCAAAAAUCCCCUUAGCUUUUUCAAGAAACCAGUUCUUCCCUGUUUACAUUCCUGCGUUUUCACCUUUUCUGUUUAGGGUUCUUUCAUAUUAGCCUCUCCUUACCUCCACCAAUCUUGUUAAAUAAAUAAAAUACUAAAUGAAUAAUCUAACUAACAAUAAGAACCUCCAUUCAAAACUACAGUUAGUAGUAGUAGUACUACUAGAUGAAAUUUUAAUGACUCUUUUGUUGAGUUUUAAGACUUAUUAUUUUUUAGAACUGUUGAGUUUUACGAUUUAAAUCCAAUUUAUCAAAGUGAAAAUAUGAACAUUUGAUCAUUACAGUGAAAAUAUGAACAUUUGAUCUUUAGUUAAGGACUGUAAUCUGUGUCUAACGGCUGUGUACUCAUCCAAAAAGAGUUAGCAUCUCAACUUAUUGUCCACUUAUCUUUCAUUCAAUUACAACUAUCUUGAAUUUAUAUACAAAAUUAUUUCAUAAAAAAACAAUAUUAAUUGAAAUACAUGAAAGUUUGUACGCUUAACAAAAUUAAGAAAUACGGACUAGAGUGAACAUGUGGAGAGAAUUGAUGGAAAACUUAUCUCAAGAAAAUAUCUAAAUUAUUAGAGUUGCUGAUAUGAUAAAUAGCUUUGGUCCAUUCAUUUCCUCGAAAUUUCAGUUGACUUAGAAAUAGCUUCUCACACCCGAAUUCAAAAAUGGAUGGUCUCAACUCUCAAUCUCAGUCUCACACAGUCCGAAAACAAUUCUUAUACACUGUGGACAACAUGAUGCAUAUUCUAAAUCAAAUUGGGAGAUGGUUGAUGCAGCCAAAUUUGUGGAGAUUUAUAGGCUUCGCGUCAGCUGUUGUUGGACUGCUCUGUUAUGCUCUAAGCUCUUCCUUCAACUAUCUCUUUGGAGAAUGGAAUUUGCUGAAAAUAUUUCUUUAUAGUGUUUUCAGUUUCAUCAUAUGCUUGGUGAUUUUAUUUGCAAAAUUAUUUCAACAUUCGAGAAGUCUCCGGUUCAAAGCUCACACAGCAUUUUUGGUAUUGACAAUCACCUCUGUUUAUUCCUUUUUCUUCGAUAAAGUGAUGAAUGGGAAACCAGAUGCAUAUAGUUUAAUUUCAUGUGCUGCUUUUUCUAUCAUGUCAUUGAGUUUGUCGAGGCAAACUCAAUGCGGAUUUGAAAUUGAUCUUCUCUAUUUCUUCCUCGGAUGUCUAAUUGUGCAACUCAUGAAGAUUAAAUUGCAGUUAUUCAUUCUUGGAGCAGGUUUCAGCUACUCUCUUAUUAUUCUCCGUUCUUUUUUCUCUUCUAUUGAUGCUAGAGGACAUAAUCAAUACUCUCAAUUCCAAGAUGGAAACUCGGUGGUUCUUCAUAUUGAUUCACUACAACUAGCUAAUACUGAUAUUGCUUGUGCUAGAAGUAGAAAUAACAUCGAUUCACCACCAUUGGUGAUCACUACUGAUAUUAGUAGUGUGAUGGAACAACUCUGGACUUUUGUGAAGGCGCUUCAACAAGAAAAUUUAAAUCUCAUUCAGAUGGUUAUGGAUCAUGUAAAAAACUAUUGUGAACAACACUCUCCAUUGGUGGCGACCGAUCCUAACUUCAUGAUGGAUGCGCUGAAGCCAGAAACAAUCAAAGGCCUGGAGGAAACAGCGAAGGUUAUGGUGAGCGCUGGGUUUGAGAAGGAUUUUUCUGAUGUGUACAACAGUUGCCGGAGGGAAUGCUUGGACAAAUGCCUAAUGCAUAGAUUAUUCAUGUUAAAGAAACUCAGCAGCGAGGACAUUCACGAUAUGCCAUGGAUGGAUCUCGAAGACGAGAUUAAAAUAUGGAUUAGAGCUUUCAAUGUCACCCUUAAGAUACUUUUCCCAGGUGAGCGACAACUCUGUGAUCGUGUCUUCUCCGGGUUCGCAUCUGCAGCUGAUUUCUCCUUCAUUGAGAUUUGCAGGGAAUCCAUCGUUCAACUUCUAAAUUUUGCAGAUUCUAUUGCAGCCGGAAGUCAUUCUCCAGAAUGUUUGUUUAACAUCAUCGAGGUGUUUGAAACAUUGCGUGACCUAAUUCCAGAAUUUGAGUCCUUAUUUUGUGAUCAGUACAGUGUGUCUCUAAAGAAUGAAGCAAUUACUAUAUGGAAGAAACUUGGGAAAGCAAUUAGAAGUAUUUUCAUGGAGUUGGAGUAUUUGCUUGACCAAAACUUGACGACGGGGACAUAUCUCAGCAGUGGUCUUCACCCGAUUACUCAACAUGUGGUGAACUAUCUCCGUGUAGUUUCCCAAUCACGGAAAACACUAGAGCAAGUUUUUGACGAUUCCUCACUUUCUGGGAAGAUUAUUAAUAUUAUGGAUAUAUUGGAGAGUAAUUUAAAAGCAAAGGCAAAAUGCUACGAGGAUCCUUCUUUAGGCUAUAUUUUCUUGAUGAAUAACAACACUUAUAUAAUUCAGAUGACCAAAGAUAAUGAACUAGGAAUCCUUUUAGGGGAUGAAUGGUUCCAAAAACACACUCUGAAAAUUUGGCACUACCAUGAACAAUAUCAGAUAACUUUGGGCACUAUGCCCCCCACUUUAGUGCAAGAUUUUUUCCCAUUAUUGUACAUCAAACAACAGAUAAAAGGUGUACGAAGGAUCGAAGGAUCAAAGGCGUACGAAGGAAAUGUGCAGGAAAUAGAAGCAUUACUCUCUCAGCUACCAAAAAGUAGGAAAAUGGAACCGGAGAUAGAGAUAAGAACAAUAGUACUGAUCUCUCCUGCACCACACGUUGAAAGCAUAGAAAAAAUGCCACCGAAAGACGGGUUUAUCUGGAAAAAAUAUGGAAAGAAAGAGAUACCUGACGUCAAAUACCCGAGGAGUUACUAUAGGUGCAGCCACAUGAAUUUAGAUGCCUGUCAAGCCAAGAAGAAAGUACAACAACUUGGUGACAAUCCAAACGUUUUUGAAGUAACAUACAAUGGUGCACAUUCCUGCCGUAUGUCCUUGACAAUACCAUCAUUAUUUUUACCAGCACGAAGGAUCUCAAAGGAUAUGACUCAAACCACCAUGCCGGCAUCAACUUCAUAUUCUGAGUGGCUUUCAUCGGGCACGCCAGCCAAAUACAUAAACUCUAUCCCAACGGCCAAGCUAGCUGCUCCGGAAGACGGUGGGCAUCAUCCUAUGACGGACAAUGUCGUGGACUCUCUUAUUUCUGAUAUCAGAUCACAGCAGAUCUAUGCUGUUAAUGGAGACGAAGAAUUUUCACCAGAAACGGACAGGACAAUGGAACUGUUAGAGAGCAUAUUGGCAUCGAUGUCCGAAAAAUAUGUGGACGCGUCUUUGCGUCAUUUCUUCAUGAUGAAUAAUUGGAGAUUCUUAGAAAUGACACCUAUAGGAAUGCAACUGAAUGCAAUAUUCGGCAAUGUUUGGUUCCAAAGAAACAGAACAAAAGUCCAACAAAAACUUGAACUCUAUAAAAGAGACUCAUGGGAUAAGGUGUUGGAAUGUUUAAAGUUGGAUAUAAAUGACUCCACGGAAAUUAAUUUUGCGACAGAUUUGAUGAAAGAAAAGCUCAAUUUGUUUAACAUGAAAUUUACAGAAACAUGUAGUGUUCAGUGCAGAUGGUCUGUUCAUGAUGAGAAGCUAAGGGAAGAAAUAAUUGAAUCUCUCAAAAAUACCUUGUUGCCAGCAUAUGGAACCUUCAUUGGGAAGUUUCAGGAUUUUCUUAAAAACAAAGCUUACAAGUAUAUUGAGUAUGGAAUGUUUGAUAUUCAAGAUGUACUUGAUAGUUUGUUUCUUGGAAACAAGAAAGACGUAUGAAUCAUUUGGUUCGGUUUCUAUUUUAUUUUGUCAUUUUUUUCUUAAUCUUUCGAUGAAGUUGUUUUGGUUUUGUAAUGUUAUUUGGCAUUGAUGUACUUUGUGAGAGUGUUUCUUAGAUUUUAUAGAAACAUCUUAUAAUA